AUGCCCGACUCGGCUUCCAUCUCCUCCGCCUCCUCCACCUCGUCCACCUCGUCCGCUCCCGCAGCUGCUGCUCCUGCGAAUGGCUUCGGCGACAAGAGUGGCAUCAAGUUCCAGAUCAAGACGGGCAAUACCCGCUGGAUCUGCACUCUGCAAGACCGCGGCUCAUAUGAGCGCAUGAAGGCCGCCCGCGCCGCGUCGAGCUCGGUUUCGUCUUCCACCACGUCCUCUCCCCCCACGAGCCCUUAG